GUAUCUCGCAGUCUUUGUAUUGAAAAACGAUUAUCAAAUAAUUCUAAAAUAAUAAAUCCAUAUCAAAUAUCAAUACUUGUGCAGUAAGCAUAACUAAGAGUCAAGUUGGUAGACGUGAGACUCUCAUUUCUUUUUUUCAUUCUCGUCACAUUCACUUCUUUAAAUUAUGAAUGCUACUAUUGUUGCACCAAGAAUACCAACAUACACAAUGCAACACUGUCGAAAUGUCAAUCGCGUACAAUAAUCAGCUGUCGAUUUUUAUUGCAAUAAUUUAUUAUGAACACAAUGCGUUUUAACAAAUGAACAAAUCCCUGUUCUGCUAAGUAGCAAUCACGGUGGUGAUCUUGGGUUUGUGCGGUGUGGGGCGAUGGCGCGGUGUGGGUUCGGCGAGUGACGGAGGCGAAGGCGGGCGAGGCCAAGGUCCGAAGGGCCAGGCAUGUGGAGGCAUGGCCGGCGAGGCGGCGGGGACGUCGCGCGGGCUCCGGGUGUACAAGAUCGUCGUGCUGGGAGACGGGGGGGUGGGCAAGUCGGCGGUCACUCUUCAGUUCGUGAGCCACAGUUUCUUGGAUUACCAUGACCCUACUAUAGAGGACUCAUAUCAGCAGCAAGCUGUCAUUGAUGGAGAACCAGCCUUGUUGGACAUUUUGGACACAGCGGGACAAGUGGAGUUCACAGCAAUGCGGGAGCAAUACAUGCGGUGUGGUGAGGGCUUCGUGCUCUGCUACUCUGUAACGGACCGGCGCUCCUUCCGCGCCGCGGCCGAGUAUCGCCGGCUGCUCGCGCAGGCGCGACCCACGGAGUGCUUGCCUCUUGUACUUGUUGGGAAUAAGCUUGAUUUGGCUCCUAGGUGUCGGCAGGUGACAACCGAAGAAGGCUCAGCGCUCGCCACGCAGCUCGGUUGCCCGUUCUUUGAGACGUCGGCUGCUCUGCGACAUUUCGUCGAUGACGCUUUCCACGCUCUCGUGCGUGAGAUACGCCGGUUGGAGCGACAGAGACAGUCCUCGUUGAUGGGCACCGGCAUCUCGACGGGCGGCGGGCGGCGGCGCUGGCGGCGCCUCCGCAGCAUCUUCGCGCUCGUGUUCCGCCGCCGUCGCCGCCACGACUCCUGAACGUAAGCCUUAACACAACCCCUUUAGGUUCAGAUUCGAUUGACGCGUCGAGGGCACGUCGUUUUGGUUACUGUGCGAACCAGUGGUAUUGUAAUUAAUAUUUUGGUGAUUAUUUUUUGUGGUGUUCGAGAAAUCAGCCUUUUAUAAAAUGGGUAUGAGUGGUUGCAUUAAGUAUUAAGAAAAUUGUGUUAAAUCAAGCCAAAGCUGAUAUUUUUUAUGUUUAUAUCCAUUUCACUUCUUUAUUGAAUAAAAGUUUCUAAUUAGGUCAUUCACCUCCAAUGGUGAAGUGAACCUAUUUGGAUUUUUAUUGUAUUUAUUUAGUUGCAGAUCUGACAUUAUUGUUUAUUUAUAUUGAAUAGGUCUGAUUAAGCAAUCAUAGAAUGUUAGAAAAUAAUAAAAAAUAGAUACAUUUUUACAAUAUCAUUGGUCGUACAGCUUGAGUUUCUAAAUCAUGUAAAAAUGAGGCAUUUUGUUGUUUCCUUAUACUCAAUUUUAUUAGCCAUGUUAGAAAAAUGAUUUAAUGUUAUUAAUACUACUACUUUUAUUAUGUACCUGUAUAUUUAAGUAUAUGGCAUACCCACCAGUCAAAAAGUGAACGUUUCAGUGGCCAUUUAUAUUAUAUUUUAGUCCAUGUUUAAAUGUUUAAUAUAUUUUACUACAGGAAAAAACUUAUAAAAAGCACACGUUUCAGAAGCCUUUUUACAUCUCCUCUAUGCCAAAACCUUUUUUUUGUAAAUUAACCUUCUACCUCUUAAAGAUUUUAACAUCCCUACUAUUAUUCCUAAAACUAUACUAAAAUAAGCAGGGCCUAUAUAUGUUAAGAUAUUUGUAACGCUAAUGAUUGUUAUAUUUUAUUUUUUACUAAUUUAAAGUUAAUUAGGUAUAACAGUUUUCUUUGAGGACCAAUCUGCUAAGUGUUGAUUCAAUCUGUGGUCAACUAUGAUUUUGACAAUAUGUACUAUAUAAAGUACUUAUAAAACCCUCUGAUUGAACAUAAUUAUCUUAUUAUUAAAGAAAACUACUCUUCAAAAAUGUUAUUCUGACAAUUUAAUUUUAAAUAAAACCGUUUUAGUUAUGAUAUUUUGAGUUCAAAGUUAAGACGAGUGAUUUAAGGCUAGAGCACACCGGCUGCGUGUGCGUAAGCACGUACGUACGCGUGCGAUAAAAUGUUAGAGCCGUACACGCACACCUCACGCAAGCAGUGUGCCGUCUCUCAUAACUAUCUGUACAUUACAGCGCGCAUUGUGUACCUCUACGCUCACGCAUCUAGUGCGCACAGCCCUUUAGUAAGGCCUUAGACAGUUCCAAGUAAUGUUUAAACUUAGUUUUAGACCAUUGCCUUUAGCGUUUUGUUGUUAGAACACAUAUUGUUACUGGAAAAGAUGAAAAGGUCGAUUGGACUGUGGAAAAUCAAGAUGAUGAUGUUUGGAGUUAUACGCUUUGGGAGUCGAGCUUAAUGCAUUGCUAAAGAAUCUGAAAGGUUCAUGGAUGUCUAAGUGUAAGCCGUAAGGCCUGAAUGGACGCUCGAGUUGGGCGUGCAGCGGGGCGGGGCGUGCGGCGUGCAUGUUAAACAAAUGCAAACAUAUAUGAGCGGCCUUAGUGCACGCUGCUCACAGCACUUGUGAGCCCGACGCCACGCUGCACGCCCCGCCGAACGCUCCGCUUCGAGCGUCCACUCAGGCUUUACACUAAGAAGUCGCUAUUGAGUAAAAUCAAAGAGUUAUUGAAAGUGGAAGUGUAGUAGAAAAUGUGUAGAAAAAGUCGUGCACCGAUUUUGACGGCUAAAUUAGAUGCUGACGUUUGAUUUGUGGUAACUGGAUUGUAAAACGUCAACAUUUGACGUCCGUCAACUUCGUCAACUUUGCCUAUCAUGCCUGGCUGGCAACGGUGAUUCUUUACUAAUCGCGAUAGGGGGCCGUGCGUGUUGGAGGGUUUGCCAUUUGGUGGCCUGAAUCGGAAAUAUAAACUACAUUGUCACUUCACGCCAAAGCAUGUGCUGAUCUCUACAGUCCACGCCCGUUUUGUGCAUUCUAGGUUCUGCCAUCUUGUGGGCUACAUUGGAAGCUGAAACUUGACAUUUACACUCCGCGCCAAUAAGCAGGGGGUGUGCUCGCCCCUAUAGUUCACGCACGUUCCCUAUAGUGUUUCUCCCAUUAUUCGUAAUUAAAUUAGACAGCUGUUUUGUAAAGAGUCACAAGUUUUAUAUGAUAGUCAAUGUUGAGGAAGAUGACGGAACAAGAUUUAUCGCAUAAUACAGCGCCAUCUACAUUAGCUUUCACAUUCAUGGCAUGAAUUUUAUGUAAACUUCUCUACAAUUGAUAAAUCUUUGGUAAAAUUCAACGAUAGCAAAAGUAGGUUGCUGUAAAGUUGAUCGAUUGAUCAUAAAACUAAAUUUUAUCGUGAAAUGUCUGUAAUAUAUAAUCAUAUCGAUUCAAAUUAUACGACUAAGAGCGAUGGAUCUAAGUAGGAAAAAAUGGCUACGUAUCAAAUCUAAGGUAUUAUGAAGCGUCGUUGAAGAAAUGAGUAAAGAAGGGUAGGAAGCUAUGCUUUCGGAAUUUAUUAUAGUUCCAAAUAAAGAUUAGGCGUCGAUAGUGUUAGUACUAGAUUCCGAAUGGUAACAAUAUGUCGUUGAAUUGAGAGAUAUUUAGAUGUUGUUGAUAUUAUUUUAAUAGGUGUUUAGUAAUAGUCCUUCCAUGUACAAACGGAAUAGUCCAAAUGCACUACCACGUAUUGUUUGUCUAGUCUACGCUUAGCUUACUUCUACUAAAACAGGCAUAUUGUGAUUUCACUUUGACUAAAGAUAAAGAGUUUAUUAUUCAAGUAGGCAUAUUACAAUGCGCUGAUGAACGUCAAAUAAAGCUACAACGGCUCCAAUCCCAUACCUCUGACCCGAGAAAAUUUAAAUCCCCCUCAUUUGGAAGAGGGUAUCCCAAUAUGGAUCGUCGAGAAACUCGGCAGGACACAUCUUUUCAAAACAUUACAUCUUAUAUAAGAUGCAUCAAAACAUUAAAAAUAAAAUUUAGAUUACUAUAAAAAUAAUACAAUUACAUACAGUAGCUACUUUUCUUUAUAGAAAUUUGAUUAAAAUAUAAAUAUGUACAUCAAAUCAUACAAAUACGUUGCUCUUUCAGAAAACAUAUCGUUAUCUUACAAAAAGAAAAGAAAAGAAAAUACCACCAAGUUAUUUUUAGAAAGGUUAGCACAGUUUUGCUUAUAAAUUAAUUAAAUUUAUUUUUCUAAAACUAAAAGUUAAGUUGCAGGAAUUUUACCAUGAAAGCGCUUAAGUUGUGCGUUAAGUUUAACCUACAAGCUGUUGAAGUUUUUUUUUAUAAAAUAUUGGAUAAGUUUGGCAUGAGUUGCUUGUCAGUAGAGUAAGAGCAUAGGCAGAGAUAUUCUUAUUUUUUUAUUACCCCAAAACGAGGGAUAAAAAUAGUUUUUGAUCAUAUUGUCACUGACAACAUUGGUUUGACAGACAUAAUUAUAUAUACACCGUGGGCUGGUAAAAUCCGACAGGUUUUUACCACGCAUUCCGGAGAUAAUAUGGAGCAAAAAAUGUUAUAUGAGUUUUGGUAAAAUUUGACAAAAAACAGAUUUUUUUUCCGUAGAUUUUUACAACGAAUAAGUAUUUUUUAUAGAUAAAAAUUGUGAGUUUCCUUUAAAACUUUAAUGUCUGACAGUAGGUAUGUCUAAACCCAGUCGUAACCAAAAGGCGUUUUUCACUUGGAUAUUACAGAAACAAAUUUUCACAAGAAUUGUCUUUACCUCUAAAACAAGACCGAUUUCAGAGAAUUCGUGGAUGGUAAAAAGCAGUAUGUAUUUGGUGCACAUUUUUGCCAAAUCAUCUUAAGAAGUAAGCUAAACGUAAACCAAGACCUAGAAAGUGUGGACCUGAAACUAUCGGCUUCGAAGUAAAGUCUUCCGCAAAAGGAACCCAGAAAGCAAUAAAUAUAUUUAGACUCUUUAAACUUUGCGUUGUUCAUUGUUCAUUUAACCCGAGGGCCACGGAACGCACGUUCAGAGCGUACAUUGGUUAACCCUUAAGGAUGUGUCAGAAAUUAUGCAAAAUUGACUUCUUCCACUUUGAAACACCAUGUGGGAAUAUAUUCCCUCUGUCUCAAUAAAGGCUUAAAACAAAGUAAUGUAUGCCGGUCGGCGUCAGCGUCGAGCGUGCGGUUCGUGGUUGAGGAGUUAAGAGUUUUAAUGUAUAGCUUACAUAGCUUAGUAUUUAAAAUGUGUCGGUUUAUAUCGUGUAUAGGGACCUUGUAGGAAUGAAUACCAAAAUUUACGUAGUUUUUAACAGGCAGGCCAUAAUUUGGGAUUCAUAUUCUGAUACGAGGCAAUGACCAUAAAGUACAACUGAGGCUGGCAUUUAUAUGUUUAUUCAGAUAUAAGUUUUUUU